AUGGCGCACGUAUCGGAAAACGGCAGUGAGAAGAAGAUGGCGGAAGGAGGUAAUGAUGCGGAGCUACUCAAGGAGAAGGCGAAUAAGUACUUCAAAGAGAAAGACUACGAAAAUGCUAUCAAGUACUACUCAGAGGCCGUGGAGCUCAAUCCAUCCAAUGCCAUCUACUACAGCAACCGAAGCCUGGCAUACCUACGCACAGAGUGCUAUGGGUAUGCCCUGGCGGAUGCGACGAAGGCCCUGGAGAUAGACAAAAACUACAUAAAGGGAUAUUACCGCCGUGCCACCUCCAACAUGGCACUGGGCAAGUUUAAAGCUGCACUUAAGGACUAUGAGACGGUAGUGAGGGUCCGACCAAAUGACAAGGAUGCAAGGAUGAAGUAUCAGGAAUGUAACAAGAUUGUGAAGCAGAAGGCUUUCGAGAGAGCCAUUGCCAGUGAUGAGAUCAAAAAAUCUGUUGUUGACUCACUGGACAUCGAAAACAUGACGAUCGAGGAUGACUACGUAGGCCCCAAACUUGAAGACGGGAAGGUCACAUUGAAGUUCAUGAAAGAGAUGAUGGAGUGGUUCCAGGACCAGAAGAAACUGCACAGAAAGUGUGCUUAUCAGAUUUUGGUGCAAGUUAAAGAUGUUCUAUCAAAACUACCAAGUCUUGUUGAAAUCACAUUAAAAGAGACAGAAAAAAUAACUAUUUGUGGUGACACCCAUGGGCAAUACUACGAUCUCCUCAACAUCUUCAAGCUGAACGGCUUACCCUCAGAGACCAACCCUUAUCUGUUCAAUGGCGACUUUGUGGAUCGUGGCUCUUUCUCCGUCGAGGUCAUUCUUACCCUGUUUGGCUUCAAGCUGCUCUACCCUAACAACUUCCACGUGCUUAGAGGUAACCAUGAGACGGACAACAUGAACCAGAUGUAUGGAUUUGAAGGGGAGGUCAAAGCCAAGUACACAGCCCAGAUGUUUCAGCUUUUCAGCGAGGUCUUCCAGUGGCUGCCUCUCGCACAGUGUAUCAACAGCAAAGUGCUGGUAAUGCACGGAGGGCUGUUCAGUGAAGAUGGUGUCACAUUGGAGGAUCUCAGGAAGAUUGACAGGAAUAGACAGCCUCCUGACUCAGGUCCCAUGUGCGACCUUCUUUGGUCAGAUCCACAGCCUCAGACUGGCCGAUCAAUCAGCAAGCGGGGAGUGAGUUGCCAGUUUGGGCCAGACGUGACGGAGCGCUUCCUGGACCAGAACAAGCUGGACUACAUCGUGCGUAGUCAUGAGGUUAAAGCUGAGGGCUACGAGGUCACUCACUCAGGGAAGUGCAUCACCGUGUUCUCAGCACCCAACUACUGUGAUCAGAUGGGAAACAAAGGAGCAUAUAUCCACCUCAGGGGAUCAGACCUCAAGCCAGAAUUUCACCAGUUCACUGCUGUGCCUCAUCCGAAUGUCAAGCCCAUGGCGUAUGCCAACACGCUAAUGCAGUUGGGGAUGAUGUAGAGGCCACGCUAAUCUGUCUGUGACACUGAUGACCUCCCAUCGGACCUGAACCAUCCCUGCCACCUCAUUCCCUCCAGUGCUCGGACAUGCUCUCGUUGAUGCUUAGCCUAAGGGAUCCCUCUCCCCAACAAACUUCCGCUAGUUGUACGCAGAAAAUACGUGGUGUAGUUCAGAUGGGAAGAGAUCACUUAGACCAGCCCAGUCCAGAAGUGGAUAUGUUCUUUACGUUAUUGGUUAAAACUGGAAAAUCUCCAUUUCCAUUGUCCAUUUGCCUGCUCAUGUAUUCCAUCACUGGGUAAAGAAACCAACGCCGAGAAUUUCAGACAAGUCUCUUUCAAGCUGCUUGGUUUUUAAAUAUUUGAUAUAUUUAGCAGAUGGCAUCACAUAUCUGGUAUGUACCAAAGAUCUGUAAUGAAAUGAUUGUUCAGUUUUUGCAAGGAGCAUCUGACUCUGAAACCUAGCAUUGUACCGUUGGCCUGCAUACACAGUCUAGAGCUUUGUAAACUGGUUCAAGAGCAGCAUGUCUAUCAGUGUUUCUCAAAAAACCCUACAGUAUAACAGUUUACUUUUAUAUUUUACAGGAAUACAAAAUCUGAUUACAUGUAUGAUCCCACUCCAAAAAAAAAAGAGAUUAUCUCUGGGUACACUCUUAAAGGUGCUGUUUGCCAUUAGUGGUGUAUUUAGCUGGUUCAGUCACGUAGCUGGUAACAUUUAUUUUGCACUGCUGCACUGCUUCCUGUUGGGGAAGAUACGGCUGCUGUCCAUGUUUUCAUCCUUGAUCGUCAUUGUGCCACUCACCCGGCAGCUCCCGCACAGUCUACUCUCCACAGUAGCUUUGGUGUAAAGCAAACACUGAUGGCACUCUAGUCCCCAAUACAUGUUCGAUUACUGGUGACUUGUUACCCCGUGUGUGGAUUUCUUCAGUACACAAACGUCCAAAAUGCAAUCCUGUCUUGAAACGCACAGCUGCAUUGUCCAAUGGCCCUCAACUUUUUAGAUAAAGAAAUACACUCAUGUGUAUGUAUAUAUACUGUAUCAUUUAAAGAUUCUGUGUAAUGUUUGGAGAAAAUUCUUGAAUAAAAAAAGCCAGUCCAGUGAUUUUAGAAAUAA